CCCCAACACCAAACAAAUAAUAAUUUUUAAAAAUCCCAUCAAUAUUAGAAAAAAAAAAUUUGAAGCCCCCUCACUUCUCCUAUAAAAUGAGCACACCCCGUCAUUCUUUCCGAGCACACAAUCACAACAACACAAAGAAAAAGAAAAAAACAGAGAAAGAGGAAAAGCGAAAAAUGGCUAUAAAGGACAGGAUCGGAGUGAAGAAGAACCACAUCAACAAAGGGAAUGUUUCCGACGGCAAAGAGGUGCAUUACAGGGGUGUGAGGAAGAGGCCGUGGGGCCGCUACGCCGCCGAGAUCCGUGACCCCAGCAAGAAGAGCCGCGUGUGGCUCGGCACCUUCGACACCGCUGAGGAGGCUGCCAGGGCCUACGACGCCGCCGCCAGGGAGUUCCGCGGCGCCAAGGCCAAGACCAACUUCCCCAUCCUCCCCUGCGCCGGCACCACCGCCACCGAACCGCCCUCCGAAGCCCGCAGCCCCAGCCAGAGCAGCACCGUCGAGUCCUCCGGCAACGGCUUCCCGGCGCGUGAGCCCGCGCGCCACCUCGGCGGCGGGCUUUUCCCUUUCCUCCACCAGCAGACGGAUUCUCUACCCCUGCCGCCGCAUCAUCUCGUGGCGGCGUACGGGGGGUUGGUCCCUACGCGCCCCGUGCUGUUCUUCGACGCGCUCAGUAGACCGGAGUUUAUGACGCCGGUCUACCCGGUCCGGUUCGAUCCGGUGGCGGUGGAGUUCGGAUCGGGAGGAAAAGCUGGUAGUGGUGGGGCCCAGAGCGAGUCGGACUCGUCAUCCGUGGUCGAAGGGCAGCCUGGGAAAGUUGUACUUGAUCUUGAUCUCAACCUUGCUCCUCCUGGGGAGGCAUAAUUUUCUCACUCUUAACAAUUUUUGUAAUAACUUUACUCACCAGCCAUCGGAGGCUUUUUUAUUUAAUUUUUUUUUUUUAUCCCUUUGAUUAGUUUUGUAAAUUAAAUUCUGUACCCUUGAAGAAGUUUUAAGAGGUAGCUCAGAAGAGCAAGUGGUGGAGCUUUUAAUGCUUUCUCCUUAUAGAUGUAAAUUUAAUUCAGAUUUCUUUUCCUUUUAAUGGAUAACAAAGCAAAUUCUAAUGA